AUGGCUGACUAUGAAGAACAAAGGUUGAAGAGGAUAAUGGAUAAUAAGAGAAAAAUGGAAGAACUGAAUCUCAGGCCACUUGCUUAUGAAGCAGUGGAUAUAAUGAAGCACAAAAAGAAAAAGAUCCAGGAAAUCGUGAAGCCUAAGCAACAUACUACGACAAAUGAUGUGUACAUACCCAACGAAGAAAAAGAAGCAGAACAUUCAAGGGAAGAGGAUGUCACUGAGAUGGCGCAAACAAUCUUGAGACCUUGUUCAAAACAGGUUAUGGCUAGUGGAAUAAGAAAUUCUCAAAGGAGUACACAGAGAGCACAAGUCCAUAACGCUUCAAUGGCUAGUUUAGUGAUGACACGCUCUCAAAUUUGCAAAAAUAGAGAGAUAUCUUCACAAGCUAUGCCGCAGCAAAACGUGGAUGUAGGUAAUGAAAACAUCUUGCCAAGUCAAGAUGCAAUCGGGAACACUCUAAAAGUAAAGAAAGGGACAAACAAGACGAUGCUAGUGGAAAACACACAAAACCCGCCAGAAAACUAUUCAAGAGUGUGUGAAAAGGAAGAUGAUAACGGAUGGAGGUUUGGUUUAGUUGAUGAAGAUGAGGACUUCCAAAGCUCAGGUGACGAUUAUGUUGCUGAAGAACAACUAAAUGCAGCUCGACUUGCCCUCAAUACCAAUGAAAGCACCCAGAUAGCUGAUAAACAGCUUGAUCGAGAUGUUAAUAGUUGGAACCUAAACGAUCGACGACCCAUCUUCUUGAAUGAAAAGCGCCAGCCAGUUGGUCCUGAUAAAGGCACUCUAAGCAAAUUUAGCCAGUUUUGUGGUUCAUUGGCUAGAGAUUCUGUUCUUGCACCGCUGAAUUUUCUUGAUUGGCGUCAUGUUCCUGACAAAAAUAAACUCUGGGAGUAUGUGAAGAAAGCACUAGGUGUGGUAAUGAAUACAAGAAAUACGUUUCAGAAGAAAUUCAUUAUUUCGGAUGAAGGGAAAGAGUAUGUGUUAUCUUCAAUUGGUGCUCUUUGGCGCGCUCACAAAUCUAGAAUAAAGAAAAAGCACUACUUUCAGUAUGACAACGAUGAAGAUAGAUGGGAUGGUCGACCAGAAUCAAUUUCAGAUACACAAUUUAAGGAUUUAUUGAAUUACUGGAAUUUAGAGGAGGUUAAGGAUGAUAAUAGUGGAGCCAACUCACAAUCUAUCCCACUUCAAGUUGAUAAUGAUUGCAUCGAAGGAAGAGAGCUAAGAAGUGAAGGUGACGAUUUA